AUGAGACUAACAAACAAUUCAUACUCAAGAACUCUGGUCACAAUACUGUGGAUGAGACUAACAAACAAUUCAUACUCAACAACUCUGGUCACAAUACUGUGGAUGAGACUAACAAACAAUUCAUACUCAAGAACUCUGGUCACAAUACUGUGGAUGAGACUAACAAACAAUUCAUACUCAACAACUCUGGUCACAAUACUGUGGAUGAGACUAACAAACAAUUCAUACUCAACAACUCUGGUCACAAUACUGUGGAUGAGACUAACAAACAAUUCAUACUCAACAACUCUGGUCACAAUACUGUGGAUGAGACUAACAAACAAUUCAUACUCAAGAACUCUGGUCACAAUACUGUGGAUGAGACUAACAAACAAUUCAUACUCAAGAACUCUGGUCACAAUUCUGUGGAUGAGACUAACAAACAACAAACAAUUCAUACUCAAGAACUCUGGUCACAAUACUGUGGAUGAGACUAACAAACAACAAACAAUUCAUUCUCAACAACUCUGGUCACAAUACUGUGGAAGAGACUAA